AUGGCCGUGACCAAAGCUAUCGUCGCCCGCGAGCCCCGCUUCACCGCGCUCAGCUGGGCCCUGGAGGAUGUCACCGUGUGCGAAGAGCCUGGUGACGACGAGGUGCUGGUGGAGAUUAUCGCCUCGGGCGUCUGCCACACCGAUAUCGUGCUCUCUGCUGUUCCCAGCGGGCAGUUUGGCAUUCAGUAUCCCAAGGUUAUGGGGCAUGAGGGCUCCGGAUACGCGCGCAAAGUUGGCAAAAACGUAACAACCGUGCAAAGCGGCGAUCCCGUCCUUCUUUCCUUCUACUCCUGCGGUGCGUGCGACCAAUGCGCCGAGAAACACCCGUCAUACUGCCACUCGUUUGCGAUGGAGAACUACAUCGGGCGGAAAGGACAUGUGAAUUCUGCGCCGGCUGCGGGGGACAAGAAGGAGGAGGAGAUAUACUCGCGCUUCUUUGGGCAGUCGAGUUUCUGUCGGUAUAGUAUCGUCGACAAGGCGAGUGUCGUUAAUGCCAAGGGCCUGGUGCGGAAUGAAGAGGAGAUGAGGCUCUUUGCGCCAUUAGGCUGUGGGUUCCAGACGGGGAUGGGCGCGAUCGAUAACAUUGCCCAGACUGCAAACAUCCGCAAAAUCAAAACGAUCAUCGGCGUCGACCGGAUCUCCAGCCGGCUGCAGCUCGCGAAACAGCUCGGCGCUACACAUACCAUCGAUACCUCGCCGGUGGGGUUCAACAUGCACAAGGCGAUCUGCGGCAUGUUUCCCAACGGCGUCGACUGCGUUAUCGACACGACGGGCACGCCGGCCAUCAUUGAAGAUGGGCUCAGGGCUCUCCGGAAAGGGGGGAAACUCGUCCUGAUUGGUGUCCCGCCGAUGCAGUAUGAGUUGAGUGUAAACGCGAUACAGCAUAUAAAUACUGGUCGAUCUGUGAUCGGGUGUCUUGAGGGGGACUGUGUUCCUAAGGAUGCAAUCGCAACCAUAGUCCAGUGGUACCGGGAAGGCCGCUUUCCAAUUGAGAAACUAGUCACAUACUUCGAGGUGCGUUGGCCACUACCAGAGUUCUAUAUAUAG